CUUAACUAAACAAUCUAGUUAGAUAAAUAUAACAGCUCAAAUCUUGCUGUUAAUUUUUAAAUAUUGUUUUUUAUAUAAUGAAGUCAAAGGGAGGAUUCCUUAAUAAGGGGACGUUCAAGUCUGGAAAACCAAACAAACGUGAUAAUUCAGGCCAUAAUUACUCAAAUGAAGCCCCGUCAGAAGUUAUUGAGGUUGGAACUGUCUCACAUGUCUGUGAAAACCAAGUAGUAAUUAAGUGUACAUUAGUUGAUAAAGUCCCCUAUUUUAAUGGCAGAAUUUUUUUAAGUAAUAAACAGGAAGUUGGAAAGAUAGAUGAGAUUCUAGGACAAGUUAACAACUUCUACUGUUCCGUAAAGUUGAAUGAAGGCUUUAAAGCAAAAUCUUUUGAGACCAAUUCUAAGCUGUAUAUUGAUCCAAAACAGUCUCUGCCAAUGGCAAGAUUUACAAGCAGACCUGAAGUAAAACAAUUUGCCGUUAAAAAAUCUGUUAAAAAGGACAAAUCCUUCAAAACUGGCCGUCCAACAGCAGCUCACAAUUCUAGAGGAACAUUUAAACUUUCAAGAGGAAAUUCGAGGAUUUCCAGAGGAACAAUUCGAAGAUAAUACUCUAGAAUUUCAUUUGAUAUUGUUAUUUGUUGAUGUAUAGUUUGCUCCUGUAAACAUUAAUAUACUGAAUUUUA